AUGAUACAAUUCUUCACUGCACUGCUGCUCAGUAGUGCUCUGGUUUAUGAGGUGUCAUGUUCCGGUUACAUGGAGAUCCGCUUGAAAAGUGAGUAUCGUCAAGAGGCGACAAUCGAAAUAAGCCAAGGACUCUCCACUACUUAUGUCUCACGCUCCACUACUUAUCUCUCACUCCCAACUGUUCUUCAAGCGGGAAAAGUCAGAAAACUCGGGAAAUUCCCAAUCGAAUUCAAUGGGACGAUGUAUAAAUUGAGUAUUAAUGGUGGACGUGUUGAAGAGCUUGGAAUCAACGGAAGUACUCACACCGCUCUAUUCACACCGACUCGAGGAGUUCUGUCACCAAAGCAACUUCAUCUUCCGUUGAAUGGGUUGGAGCUCAUUUUUGAGUGUGACAAGAACUUUCGAGGUUCAAAAUGCGAUCGCUUCUGUUUCUACUCAUGCGAUGAAGGCGCCGAGAACAAUAACCUGAAAGUAAACACCGACUAUUCCGUCGACUUGACGAAACUUCCAGAACUUGUGAAGAGAUUCAAGGAGAGUACGAAGGUGGAUAACGAGAUCAGGACUGUUGAGAUUAAGGAAGACGAUGAGGAAGAGGAAGAAGAGGAAAUCUCUAAACCUUCCAAACGAAAGUCAGUGUUCCAAGAUCUCUUCAAAAGUAUAAUGGCACUGCAAGACGAGAUUGUUCAUCGGGAGUCCUCUCCAGUUUCCAUUGGUAUCUCGUUUGAUAACGAUUCGGAAUCGAAAUCUAGCUGGGACCCAAAACGAAAGGAACGGAAAGACCCAUAUCCAAUGAGUCUUGUCAAAAGUAUUCUGUUGGAUAAAAGUGCCGAACUUGAUAGGAAACAUGAGGCCCUAACCAAGGAUUCAGGAUCACGGAAAUCGAUAAUGAGACACAGAGAGUCGACACCGAGUCGAUUCGCUGUCGAUGAUGGACCGGUAGGAGGGAUGGAUGUGUCGAAAAUGUUGGGUCCAUUGAUGAGCAUGGGAUCUCCACUCCCCUUUCUAUUCGGACGAUAA